CUCUGGCUGUGACCUUCAACGUGACCCCAGCCCCACCAUGCUGAACAAUGCCUCCCUUGUCUACAUCGCCCUGGAGCUGGUCAUAGCCUUUCUGGCCGUGACCGGUAACAUGCUGGUCUGCUGGGCCGUGUGCCUCAACAGCACCUUGCAGAGCAUCACCAACUACUUUGUGGUGUCCCUGGCAGUGGCAGAUAUCGCUGUGGGCUUGCUGGCCAUCCCCUUCGCCAUCACCAUCAGCACGGGCUUCUGUGCCAACUUCCACGGCUGCCUGUUCAUCGCCUGCUUCGUACUGGUGCUCACCCAGAGCUCAAUCUUCAGCCUGCUGGCCAUCGCUGUGGACCGCUACAUCGCCAUCAAGAGCCCCCUCAGGUAUAACAGUCUUGUGACGUCCGGGAGGGCAAAGGGCAUUAUCGCAGUGUGCUGGGUUCUCUCUGUGGGCAUCGGCCUCACGCCCAUGCUGGGCUGGAACAGGGGUGUCAACGGCACCAACAGCAGCUCGUGCCCCGAAGGCAUGACAGAGUGCCUGUUCGAGGGUGUGGUCACCCUGGAAUAUAUGGUCUACUUCAACUUCUUCGGUUGUGUGCUGGUGCCCCUGCUAGCCAUGCUGGUCAUCUACGCCCGCAUCUUCAUGGCGGCGCGGCGCCAGCUGAGACUGAUGGACCUGAAGCUGGCUCACAUGCACGCCCCUGGGGCAUGCUCAUCGUCCACAUCGUCCCGCUCCACCCUGCAGAAGGAGGUCCACGCAGCCAAGUCUCUGGCCAUCAUCGUGGGGCUAUUCGCCCUCUGCUGGUUGCCCCUUCACAUCAUCAAUUGCUUCAACCUGUUCUGCCAGGACUGUGGGCGCCCGCACGUCUGGGUGAUGAACAUCGCCAUCAUCCUGUCCCACGCCAACUCCGUGGUCAACCCCUUCAUCUAUGCAUAUCGCAUCCGGGAGUUCCGCCACACCUUCCGCAGGAUCCUGCGCAAGCACAUCCUGGGGCACUGGGAGGGGCAUGGAGCUGGGGGAGGGGGUGGCAGAGGGCUGGGUAGCAGCAGCAGUAUCACGCGUGCCUCUACUCGCAUCAGCAUGGUGGACAGCUCGUGUGGCACCAUGGGGAACAGUUAUUCCCUGGAGUCCAGCCCCAAACCCAGCCCCACUCGGACCCCCAUAGAGACUCAUAGAGCUGGGAAAGAAGCUUACUCUGACUCCUGCCAAUGGUCACCACAACAGUCAGACCCUGCACCAAUCAGCUCCAUUGAAAACGGACACAACAAAGGCGAUGCCCCGGUGUCUCCCAGGCAGCAGCAAUGCAUCAUGGGAUGUGCGGACCAAAGUGGGGUUGAGACUACAACCGUGUUGAUGGAGGUGAAGGACAGUGGGAACAUAUCCUUUGUGCACGUCAGGCCUCUGUCCCCCACACUAACCAGCCCUAACCACUCAAUAGAACUCACAGAGGUCUCAUGACAUAGUUAUCUCCAUGGUGGACAAGUUACUGAUACCCCAACCUACAUCAUCAACUAGGAGGGGGAGAAGUGAGGGACCAGGACAAAAGCAUGUUCCCUUCACCUGUAAAAUAAAUUCUACAGAAAUAUUGGAAAUGGUUGCACUGACUAGAAAUAGCUUUUCUUUCUUUAGGGGGAGACUUCUUGAGCCUGAAAGGGCAACAGCAAACUGGCAUUAAAUCACGCCUAGCCAUUGAGCUUUUGUUUACUUAUCACAUAGCUGUUGUUGGUGGACACGUUUUGUACACGUUACCUCUGAGGCUCUUUCCUGUAGGCUAAUAGUCUUUCAGAAUUGAAAAUGUAUGACGAUAUAAAUGAAUGGUCUGAUCUACUGAGCACCUGUCAUAUGCUGACAGAUUAUGACCGAAACCAUGUUGCCCCUGGACACUGUCCAAUACUGUAUGACUCAAUAUUUGGUAUUGCUGGCCAACCACUACUGAGUUAAUGCAACUACUGUAUGUCAGUGUGAGACGUCGGGAAUGUAUUCUCUCUCUUAUGAAGUGCAGUAUUCCUCCAAUUGUGUCAUGUUUUCAAACGCUGGUCCCUUGUGUGUUUCCAUGUCAGGUUAUUAAAAUACCUUAA